GCAACGAUACAAUACGAUACGAUCGACUGUAAUGGAGGCGUCCAGUGAUAGUGCCCGAAGUUCCAGGUUGAAAAUUGCACGUGGAGCAGUUGUCUGUGCAGGGACAAAACUUGAUGGCUACAUUACUAUUGGAGCAAGAACUGUCAUACAUCCUCGAGCUCUCAUCAUUGCGGAAGCAGGACCAAUAGUUAUUGGAGAGGGAAAUCUCAUAGAAGAGCAAAGCACAUUAUACAACAGACUGAUGGAAGGAGAGGACCCUGCAUCUACUCAGAGAGUUAUGACCAUAGGCAAUAACAAUGUUUUCGAAGUCGGUAGUUAUUGUGAAGCUGUCCGACUUGGCGACAACAAUAUAUUGGAAGCAAAGACCAAGGUAGGCCAUGGCGUCGAGUUAACAAAUGGGUGCAUAAUAGGAGCUGGCUGCUGUAUUAGUAACAAGGAGAUCAUUCCAGAAAACACUGUGAUAUCAGGCAGUCAGCAAAUGCGCAGGCUGCAGUUGGAACGACCAGCGCCUCAGACACUUCAGUUGGACUUUUUAACAAAGAUACUUCCAAACCAUCAUCAUCUCAUUCGUUCAUCUAAGCCAAAGAUUUGAGCGAGUGACCCUGCCAACGUAUACACUGUGGUAAUUACCACAUCUAUAUAAUAUCGUUUAUUAAUUGACUCUCGGUGUGCUCUUGCUAGCCUAUAUCAUAUGUAUGUGUGGUUUGGAAAGCUUAACUACACUUCUAGUACAUGGUGUUUUUCAGCAGCUGCGCUGAUAUGAUUUCCUAUCACUAAGAUUCUAUGCUAUAACUAUAAGGUACUAUAUUUCUUCUUAGUAUUUAUCUUCUGUGAAAGGUGACUCAUGAUUGAGAGAGUUUAACUGCUAUGCUUAUGCAAAUGUAAAAACAAUAAAUGUAUAAUAAUUAAUACUAUAUUGUAGAAACAGGUGGUAUUGGCAAAUGACAAUGGUAUAAGAGAUUGGCCCUUAACCUCAGAAUCGCAACUAUAAGUCGGUGUCACCAAGUCUAAAUUUCCCCGUUGUAAUCUGGAGUCCUUUUAGUAGCAAGUUGUAGCACUAGCGACGGUCUGAACACGAAUAACUACAAUUUGGGUCAGAGCCAAAAAACGAUUGGAACCAGUGGUUUGAGCAUACGGGAUAUGUUUGGUUUGUUCGACUGCAGUUAUUUAUCAUGUGCUUCUAAUACUAGUAGUCCAGAGUUCACUGUGCACAAACUGCCUGUUAAUAACACUUAUUUAUUAUCGUUUAGAAUGCCUUGUAAAUUCCUUAAUUAUAAUUUAAGUAUUUGUUUGAAUAAAUUUUACCACCAACUCUGAA